AUGCUUGCCAAGUCUACCACAGCCACCGCGCUCAUUGCGGCCGCCGUCAUUGGCCAGGUCUCUGCGCAGACAUUCCAGCGUCUCGGAGGCUGCCCCGAUCUUGGCUGCGUUCUACCCCCCGAUCAAAGCGAUUUCCUACCCGGCCAGCUUUUUGAUCUUCGCGUCGAGGUUCACGCUCCCGUCAACGGCUCCGAGGCUGCCCACGACGGCAAGCCCGACGAGAAGUUCAAGGUCACCAUCACCAAGGAGGGCGAGCAGCCCAAGGACUUUGCCAAAGCCUUCAACAUCCCCGAGCCCCAGCUCGAAAAGUGGAAGUUCAAGUGGUAUGAGGAUCUUUACGCUGAGGAUGCCAAAACCCCCUCCGUCGUCAACGUCGCCGCCAAGGCCUAUCGCAGCAUUGCCCUCUACGAACCCGGCAAGUACAAGGUCACCCUCGACUACUACAAUGGCAGCAAGACCACCGCCAACUGGCUUGUUCGCGACAUCUCAAAGGAGCGCAAGGUCAAGAACGUCGUCUUCUUCAUUGGUGAUGGUAUGACUACCAACAUGAUCACCGCCGCCCGUCUGCUGGGACACCAGAGCAUCAACGGAAAGUAUCAGUCCGUCCUCAAGAUGGAUGAGUUUCCUGUUAUCGGUCACCAAAUGACUCACUCCCUCGACUCCUACAUUACCGACUCUGCCAAUUCUGCUUCUGCUCUCUACUGUGGCCACAAGAGCACUGUUAACGCCAUGGGCGUCCACGUUGACUCUUCGCCUGAUGCUUUUGAUGACCCCAAGGUUGAGACCAUUGUUGAAAUCUUUCAGCGUGUCUGGGGCGGCGCAUGGGGUGCCGUUUCUACUGCCUUCCUUGCUGAUGCCACUCCGAUUGCCCUCACUGGCCACACCCGCAAGCGUGCCGAGUACGGCGCUCUCAUUGAUCAGGCUCUCAACGGUGUCACCAACUGGACCUGGACUGCCAAUAAGGGCCCCGACGUCUUCUUUGGCGGCGGCGCCGAGCAGUUCAUCGCCGGCAAGGGCUCUUACAAGGGCAAGGAUUAUUAUCAGGAGUUUUUCAAGAAGGGCUACUCCGUCAGCCUCAACAACACUGCCCUCCAGGCUGCCGACAACAGCAAGCCUGCUCUCGGUGUCUUUUGCCAGAGCAACCUUCCCGUCUGGCUGGACCGCAACGUGUACAAGGACAACAUCAAGAAUCUGACCAACGACCCUUCUGGCAAAAACAGCUCUGCUACUGAUAUUCCUGGCCUCAAGGAGAUGUCCGUCAAAGCUGUCGAGAUUCUCGCUACGCGUGGCAAGGAGAAGGGGUUCUUCCUCAUGUCUGAGGGUGCUUCCAUUGACAAGCAGAUGCAUACUCUUGACUAUGACCGCGCCCUGGGUGAUCUCCUUGAAAUGGACGACGCCAUCACCGCCACCAUCAAGAAGCUCGAGGAGCUCGGAAUCCGUGACGAGACUCUGGUCCUCGUCUCCGCUGACCACGGUCACGGUUUCGAUGUCUACGGUUCUGCCGAUACCAAGUACCUGAAGGAGCAGCCUGAUCAGCGUGGCAAGCGCCGUGCCAUUGGCACCUACGAAAAGUCUGGUCUUUCUCAGUAUCACAAGGCCGACGGCGUCACAUACGGCACUGGCGCCAACUUUCCUACCAAUUGGGAGCCUCGUUACGCCAUUGCUGGUGGUGUCGCCGCGCACCCCGACAUCCGCGAGAACUUUGCUGUCCACAAGGAGGGCCCGCGCAUCCCCGCCGUCAAGAUUGGCGACGAGUACUACCUCAACCCUAAAGACAGCCCCGACGGCUUCGUCGUCAACGGCACCUUUCACACGGACGAGGCCGUUGGUGUCCACUCCCUGACCGAUGUCCCCGUCUAUGCCUGGGGUCCCUGUCAAGACAUUUUUGGCGGCACCUACGGCAACGUCGAUGUCUUUUACAAGAUUGCUACGUGCCUAGGUCUUGCCCGCCACCAGCCCGGCACACCACCCCGUCCCGGCGGCAAUAGCACCAGCACAGUCAAGCCCGACCCCGCUCACACCAGCCCGGCUGGCUGCGCCGUGCCUCACCCCAGUCCGUAG